AUGCCGAACCCGAGCACUUUCCAGGACAAGAAGCGUAGGAUUCUAGAAGAUCUCGCCACACCGUCCGAGGAGUAUACCGAUCUGUCGCCGAAAGGAUCAGUCGAUGAGGGCGUGCGAGAACUUUGCGAUGAGAUCAAUGCGCUGGAGGGGUAUGUAACGACGAGCAGCUGCGCUGGACGCAUUGCUGUGUAUAUGAAUGGUUCAGGAAAGGAUCGCAGUGAGGACGGUCGGAGUGGAAGGACUGAGCGAGAGGCGGGCAAGGGAGGAAAGGGUGGUGGGGAGUGGUUGUUCGUCACGCAUGAUGCCUUCAAGACCGACGAAGUAAGUGGUGACGGCGAAGUGUUCAAGUCAUUCGGCAUUGAGUACGCCGCACCUUCUGUGCCUACGUCAGCAGCACACUGCCGGCUAGUCUACCUCAAGUUUGAGCCGAUGAUUCUCCACAUCCUUACGUCCUCAGCUGUCAAUGCACAGACCGCCUACGCCGCUGCCUACAACUCCGGCUUCCGUGAGAGCGGCAUUUGGAGCAUCACUGGUACUGAUCCGACGCCAUACGUGGCAGUCCGGACACAAGGCCUGGCCCUGGAAAGCGUGGUCGCUUACGUCGACUCGAAUGGGACCAUCAAGCCCAUGGUCACGGAGCAGUACCUCAGAUCUAUGCUCGAGGUUGCGAACGAGAGGUUUGCCAGCAAUGCGCAACGCAAAGAACGUUUCCGGCACGCAUUCCUGAGCACUACCUCAAGCCGGACAUCCCCCCCGAACUGGGAACCGACCGAUGUCCGUAAUGCAAGAAAACGUGCAGAAGGGCUGAAGAGGAAAGAGGAACUGGAGAAGCAGAAAUCUAUUGCUGGGGCGAAUGCUGUCGUUGUGGAUCCGGCUACUAUGGACGACGAUGAGCUAUUCCCAUUGGACCAUCCACGAUGA